AUGGGACACAAUUCCAAACUGGGCCACGAAUCGGGCAAUGAGGCUUACAAAAGUUGCCGAAACAAUACCAAUAAGAAUUGGUUCCACGACCCCGGUUUGAGGAAACUCAACAUGGGUAUCGCGUUUAUGUUCUCGUCGGCAGCCGCAAAUGGAUAUGACGGUAGUCUCAUGAAUGGACUGCUGACUAUCCAUCAAUGGAAAGAUGACAUUGGAGACAUCAGCCCCAGCAUUCUCGGUCUCAUCAUCGCCGGUAUCAGCUUAGGUGGUCUGCCUACGUUUAUUCCGGCAGCAUAUGUGAGCGAUUGGAUAGGCCGCCGUCUCACCAUUGGCCUAGGCUCAUCCAUUAUGAUUGUGGCUUCGUUUAUCCAAGCCUUUACCAGUGGACCCUGGGCCUUCCUGGGCACGAAGAUCAUGCUUGGUAUCGGACUCGGUUUUGCACAAACAUCAGCCCCGCCACUCACGACUGAAAUUGCCCACCCGAGAUAUCGAGCGGAUGUAACAAACCUCUUCCAGGCCAUCUGGUACUGGGGCGCCAUCCUCUCAGCUGCCAUCACUAUAGGAACCAUACACAUGAGUGGCAGCUGGAGCUGGAGACUACCUGUUCUCUUCCAGGCCUUCUUCCCUACUCUGCAACUCAUCGGCCUGAUGCUUGUCCCAGAGUCUCCUAGGUGGCUGAUCUCCAAGGGUCGACAUGAUGAGGCACAUCAAAUCCUGGCCAAGUAUCACGCCAAUGGUGACACCUUAGAUGAGCUUGUUAAUUUUGAGUUCAGGGAAAUCUGCGAAGCCAUUGCACAAGAGCGAGAAGUAGCAGAGACGAAUGGUAUUACGUCCUUCUUCAAGACCAAAGGAAAUCGCCAUCGGUUGAUGAUAUGUGUCUUGGUUGGAUUCAUGAUUCAGUGGGCAGGGAACGGUAUCGUUUCUUAUUACCUUGCGCCAAUUCUCAACAGCGUUGGAGUCACGGACCCAGUGUCACAAGCCGGAAUCAACCUGGGACUUCAGGUCUGGAAUGCAGUUCUCGCUGCAAUGGGUGCCCUGGCCGCCGAGCGAUACGGACGGCGAAUACUGUGGCUGCUGUCCGCAAGCGGUAUGCUGUGUGCCUUCAUCGUGGUUACAGCUCUGUCAGGUGUCUUUGCGGAACGAGGCAUUAAAUCCGCAGGCUUCGCUGUCGUUCCAUUCUUGUUCAUCUUCUUUGGAUUCUACGACAUUGCUUUCACACCUUUGUCCAUUGCUUACCCCGUCGAGAUUCUACCCUUUGAACUGAGGUCCAAGGGAUUAAGCAUAAACCUGAGUGUGGUGUUCGGAGCCGGGUUCUUCAAUCAAUACGUCAACCCCAUCGCGCUUGAUGCUAUCCAAUGGAAGUUCUACUUCGUUUACAUAGGCGCGCUGACUUCCAUGCUUCCUACCAUCUACUUCCUGUUCCCAGAAACGAAGGGGCGAACGCUAGAAGAGAUUGCCGUCAUCUUUGAUGGUCCAGAAGCCAACUCUACAUUAUCUCAUGGCCUGACUACCGGAGCUUCCCCAUCGAGAAAGUCUCUGCAUGCCCAAAGCAUAGUUGCAAAGACUGAGCAUGUUUAG